CCGGAAGUAAACAGUAAAUGUAGAAGUUGAUCGAUUUGAAACUCAUGCUGACUCAGGCAUAUCCUAUUAGAAAAUGUUUAACCUGAGAGUCACGCAAGCGCUUCAGUGAGGACCCAGACAGACACAUCAUUCAUCAGCAAACCCCUGCAGCGACAUGAACAGCCAGAACUUCAGCCUGAGCGAGAAGCUAGUCUCGUCCUCGUACGUGCGCCAGGGCCUGCAGGCUCGUCGCGGGCACGAGCAGCUCGUCCGAGUGCUUUUACAGCAGGGCAAAUGUCCAGAGGAGGGCUGGAGCGAGAGCACCGUGGAGCUCUUUCUGAACGAGCUGGCCGUCAUGGACAGUAAUAACUUCUUGGGGAACUGUGGUGUGGGAGAGCGAGAGGGCCGUGUCGCCUCCGCUCUGGUGGCCAGGAGACAUUACAGACUGAUCCAUGGCAUCGGCCGCUCGGGGGACAUCGCUGCUGUUCAGCCCAAAGCUGCCGGCUCAAGCCUUCUGAAUAAAAUCACUAAUUCAGUCGUGCUGGACGUGCUCAGAUUCACAGGUGUGAGGAGCGUGUCCUCGUGUUUCGUGGUCCCUAUGGCCACAGGAAUGAGCCUCACGCUGUGUUUCCUCACACUGAGACACAGGAGGCCAGGAGCGCGGUAUAUUCUCUGGCCUCGCAUCGACCAGAAGUCCUGCUUCAAAUCCAUGCUGACCGCUGGCUUUGAGCCGGUGGUGAUCGAGAAUGUGCUGGAAGGAGAUGAGCUGAGGACAAACCUGCAGGAAGUGGAGAGGAAGAUCCUGGAGCUGGGAGCCGAGAACAUCCUGUGUGUCCAUUCCACCACUUCCUGUUUCGCUCCACGUGUCCCUGACAGGCUCGAGGAGCUUGCUGUUCUGUGUGCAAAGCAUGAUAUUCCUCAUAUAGUCAAUAACGCUUAUGGAAUACAGUCAUCCAAAUGUAUGCACCUUAUACAGCAGGGGGCUCGCGUUGGGAGAAUUGAUGCCUUUGUCCAAAGUCUUGAUAAAAACUUCAUGGUCCCGGUCGGAGGUGCCAUCAUCGCAGGCUUCGAUGAGAGCUUCAUUACGGAGAUCAGUAAGAUGUACCCAGGUCGAGCUUCUGCGUCCCCGUCUCUUGACGUCCUCAUUACGCUGCUCACACUGGGAGCCAACGGCUACAAGAAACUCUUGGCUGAGAGAAAGGAGCUGUAUGGCCACCUGGCACAGGAGCUGAGCGCUCUAGCCGAGAGACACGGGGAGAGACUGCUGCAUACGCCACACAAUCCAAUAUCACUGGCGAUGUCUCUGAACGCUCUCCAGACGCACAGCACCGCAGCAGUCACGCAGCUGGGCUCCAUGCUCUUCACCAGACAGGUGUCUGGAGCCAGGGUCGUCCCGCUGGGUGUGGAGCAGACGGUGAGCGGACACACGUUUUGUGGCUUCAUGUCGCACGCAGAUGCCUAUCCGUGUCCGUACCUUAACGCAGCCUCUGCUAUUGGAAUAACCAGAGAUGAUAUAACGCUGUGCAUCAAGAGACUCGAUAAAUGCCUCAAGAGCCUUAGCAAAGAAGCUCCUGCAGAGAAGAGUGAGUCAAGAUCGCCAGCUGAAGAUGUGGACGAGCAAACCGUGCCCUGAUGCUCUGGGGGAAAGAGCAGGAUACAUAGGAAUCAUUUUGUCAUAAUUUGAUUUUGUGGCAAUAACCUUGUGUGUGAAUGCUGAUACAUCAACACAGCCACAAAUGCAUUUGUUUGUUUCCUCCAUGCUCUAUAAAUGCGUUGUGACCUGUGUUUGAUAGUGUACCCUAACAGACAAUAAAUGCAAUGUUUUGUUAAGUCA